AAAUUCAGGCAUAAUCGUUAUCUGGUUAUUGCAAUAUGACAAGAAAGAUUGGAAACCCAAAAACAAGCGCGUGAUCGAUGAUGAAUUUCUUAAAAUAUAUGCAGGAUUUUUGUGGUUUACAGAUUUACUCAGCACACACAGCGACUUUGUUUCAUAUUAUGUAAUAACCUCUAAAGCAUAGCAUUAAGAUUUGUAUACUUGAUCUACUUCAAGCAUUAAUGUUAUGGUGUAUUUAUCUACUAAAAGGUGCAGAUUUGUGCUAAGACUGGAAUCGUUAUAUAUGUGCCAGUUUGCAAAAUUUGGCUAUUUAUACAUAUGGAAUAUUCUUACAUGUACAUGUAAUUACACCAUUGAUGAACAUUAAUAACAUUCUUUAGACAUUAUAAAAAGACUAAAUAUUUCUGUAAGAAUUUGAAUAAUUAGGUUUGACCAAGAUUUUUUAUGAAAAUUGACAAUCUGCUGAUUAUAGUGUAUUUGAUGAUAACCAGGCGAGAAUAAAUAAAUUAAUGUUACCUGGACGUUGAUAACACUUAUCACAGUUAAAAGUUUGAAGACAAGAAGAAAGUAAUGUCAUCAAAGACAUUAAACAGAAGAUCCAGCACUUUUGCUGAAAGUGGCAAUUUUGAAUUUGACACAGUAUCAAUUGUUAGUACCCUUACUGACUGCGAGUUAAACUCUGCGUCCGAAACAACUGAGUUCUUUAGUGGUACAACACAAGCAGUGAAAACUGAUUCAUCUAGCUGUUAUAUAGCUUCUUCACCAGACGAUGACAACUGUUUGGUUGAUAAAUUUUACGAAGACUUACAAGCGCCAGAGACUAAUUCCGACUCCGACGAUGAUCAAAAUAUCGAUGUAGAUGACGACGAUAUAGGCGCUGUUUUUGAAGAAACUAGAGAAAUAUACAAACACGAGCUAUCUCAAACACUUCCUGAUUACACGAAAGCUGUACCAAAGGACGUUGGUGUCCAAGAUAUUGAAGCAGCCAUUGAUGAAAUACCACAGACAGAUAAUAAUAAUGAAGAUCAAAGUAAAGACAAGAGCUGUGCAAAUUGUUGCACUAAGAAAAGAGUUGAUAAUGCGUGUUCCUUCAAAAGAGGUCAACAUAUAAGACUUCCCGGACACUAUUUCACCUUCAAUUUUGGGAAAAAACUUCGGAAACUAUACAAUCACCAUGCAAUUAUAAAACAAAUCAUCAAAGCAGAUGAUCAAAAAGUAGAGUUGGUCUUAAUUCAUUUUACCAAAGUUGGCAAGGAAAUAAAUAUCCAUGAAACGUCAGAGACAUUCGAUCUUGCACACGAUGAAAUAUACAUUGUUGAAUACUUACACCCUCGGUAUGAAGCUGACGACAUCGUGAAAAGAGCAGAAUCGAUGUUGCCGAAAAAUUGGCAAAAUUCCAAGAAACGUCGUUAUAGAAAAUUUAGAUCAUACAAUGUAUUUACUCGUAACUGCGAGCAUUUCGCUUCAUGGUGUGUGGUAGGUGCAGAAGAAAGCUUUGCUGUCAAAAGUAUUCGAAAAACAAUCGCUAAGAUCUUAACCAAAGGCGCAGGUGUUGGAUGCAAAAUAGCUCGCUUUAUAAAGAGGUUUUUAUAUAACUCGGCAGAUGAAAUUGCAACCAAAUUUAAUACGAAUUGUCUACCAGGCAUUGUUCUUGGAUUUACUGCAUUGGUGUACCUAAUUUACUGUAUAGUCAUAACGAUAAAACUGUUCUCAAAAUAUAAAAGAUGUGAACUUUGCAAAACAUGUUUCAAAAGAGAAGUCAUCCAAUUAUGGACACAUUUCGGUGCCUUCAUUGCAACAUCAGGGAUAUCAUAUAUUCUUGUCCAUUUUCUGAUGCCAUUGAUCACUCCAUUACCUGUUGGAAUCCCUCUGUUACUCGUUAUUGUAUUGCUUUCCUUGGCAAUGCAGUGGGGCAUAGGAAAAGUAAGGAGAGCGUUGAUGUCUCCAUAUGAAUGUGAAAAGAUUCCUGUGCUAAAAUUAUCAGACCUGAAUGUAGGAAGUAUGAUCACAUUUAACUAUUUUGGCUUUCAACAUUUUGCUAUAAUUACCGAAGUGCAUGAAGAAAACGAAGACUCCACUAUCGGGAAAAUACGAUGUGUACAUUAUGGCUUAAAAAGUCUGAAUAUAUUUCGCAAAAGGCACGUCAUGGAGGAGUUAAUUCGCGUUGAUCUGAAUAAAGCGUCAAAAAAGCUUAAGAUGGUGGAUUGUAGACAUUUGAACAGUUAUCCAAGCCAUCAGAUGGUACAAAGAGUCAGGGAGACAAAUUGGAAUGCAGUGUCAAAUAGAUCUGAUCAUCUAUGUUUCUGGGCUUUGGUUAAAUAAGAAAAUGAGCUUGAAAAUAGCAACACAAAUGCAGAUAACACAGAAAAGAUAGGAGAAACAAAAAAGAAACAUAAAAAAGUUUACUUUGUACGGAAGUACGAGUUAGGGAAGAGGUGACUUGGGGAUGUUGUAAAAUAUGGUGGGACAAAUGGAAUCGUAGUUUAUUUGGACGACAUAACGCAAUGCGAUGCGCAGGAGUUCGAAAUGGAGUUGAUGGUCUACAGAAACUAUUAUGUUAUCCGUGAAAAGAAAACGGUAAACCUAAGACAGAAACGGUUGUUUGUUAAGAACUACCAUCCGGCACACUGUUGCUCUAUGAGUGAUCGUGUACAGCGUGCUUGUGAAAAAGAGAACAAAAAGUGCAAAUAUUGGCUUGAAGAAAGCUUUUUUGAAAGCUGUAUUCUGAAAAACAUUUGAUUUGAUUUGAAAGAAACAAACAUUUGCCUUACAAGAAAAUGAGCUUGAAAAUAGCAACGCAAAUGCAGAAAACAUAGGAGAAACAAAAACGAAACAUAAAAGCUCCCUUUGUACUGGCCAGACAGAAGUACAUGUUAGGGGUGAGGUGAGACUAGGGGAUGUAGUAAAGUAUGGUGGGGCAAAUGGAAUGGUAGUUAAUUUGGACGAUAUACCGCAGCGCGAGGCGCAGUGUUUCAAAAUUGAGUUGAUGGUCUACAGAAACUAUUAUGUUAUCCGUGAAAAGAAAACGGUAAACCUGAGACAGAAACGGUUGUUUGUUAAGAACUACCACCCGGCACACUGCUGCUCUAUGGAAGAUCGUGUACAGCGUGCUUGUGAAAAAGAGAACAAAAAGUGCAACUAUUGGCUUGAAGAAAGCUUUUUUGAAAGCUGUAUUCUGAAAAACAAUUAUAAUGAUUGAUUUGAUUUGAUUUGAAAGAUUUUGUACACUAAACCGAUCUUUCUUUAUGAUAAAUGGCAACCACCAAUCACGUUUUCUAAAUAAUUUGCAGAACACAUUGUAAGUACAUGUAAGUCAUUUUUUUAACCUUGUAUGUUGUAUUCAUAACUUGAUAUUUUGAUUGGAAUUUAUUUUGCAGUCUUUUGUGUACAAUAUUACAUGUAAGCGUGAGGCCUAACAGCAGAUCAUAUGAUAGCUGUAGCAAUUUUCUACUAUCUAUUUAUGUGGAAAAUGUAAAAUUUGGAGUUUUAAAGUUUGUUACAUGUUCGAAAUUUUCUUAAAGACCCAGAAAUGCAGUUAUUUAUAUUUCAAAGAAGCUUUUUUAACUUGUGUGUCCUUAAAGUUUCCCAUUUACAAAUUACAUGAACCAUCUUUCUGUGUUUGCUUUUAUUUUGUUCUUGUUUUUUGUAAUUAGUACUAUUAUAGUUAUUAAGUCCAGACCUGUAGGACUUUAGGCAAUUAACGAAUGUGGAACACAAUAAAUGAUAUGAUAGGUUACUCUUUGUCGUUACUUUCUACGGUCGGCAUGUUCAUUUAUACGCUUACAAUGUUUUCUGGCAUAUUCUUGCAUGCCUCCUGGUAAAUACUGGUGUGCAUAUAUCUUAUUUGAACUUCAAGAAAGGUUUUCAUAGCUUUUAUUUCUUCUAUGGACUUUUUGCGUUUAGUACCGUCUGUCAUUUCCUCCAAAUAUUGUCCAGAUAAUUUACCGAGUGCCAGCAUAAUUGUAGCAUCGUUUCUAUGUUGAUCUUUAUAAAAUAUUGGGCGGAUCAUACUUGCAUUAUGACCACUUACAAAGAAAAUAUUCUUUAGCGUUAAUAAGCAUAUCAUACACUUAUUUUAAUAGCACCACUUAUUUUGGUCCUUUCAUGUUAUUGCUUAUACAGUAUAUUAUUGUAAACAUGAAUGGAGUUUUCGCAACAUUUCCAUCCACGUGCCAACCUUCCAUUGCCAUCGACGUAAUUCCUUCCACGGGAUCAUUAGAAAAGAGUCCCAAUCGAGGGUCCGGAAUCUUCUCAUAUUUUUUUACGGUUUAUUGACGAUGUUUCUGUGAAAGGAGUUCCUAAAAGCUCCGUGAAACGUACCUGAUCUUGCCAUUGUAAAUCUUGGUUGGGAUAAAGUAGUGUAGAAAUCGAUACAUAAAUGCAUCUUGUUUCAGUUUAUCAGCACAUUCCUUGUCAAUAUUGUUAAUUCUUAUUCCAUCAACUUUCCCUCCAAAUGUUCCAGUUACAGGCGUUAUUGUGUAGCUACAAGAUAAAGUUUUCCCCCGAUGCUUGUUAUACUUAAAAUCCAUAAGAUCUUACAAGAUGUAUUCUGUUUAAGCUUCGUAUUGAAAUGAUUCAUUCUUUUAGUCAUUAUCCAUCUAUAAACAUAAGAUAACUCUAUUUGUACUAUUUGUGUUUACUGUUUGGCAAUACUGACCUUACACUGAUUCACUUUCGAGAGAUUUUUCGUUACUUUCCGUAAUUUAUCACGAUUUAUGAUUUUAGUUUUAAUGAUAUUAUAGUUCUAGAUACCUUAAUUAAUCCAUAAUAACUGCCCGAUAGCCUAAUGGUUCUACCGGGGCUCUGCCUGGAUUGUCCUGGGCUCCGCCGGGGCAAUGCUUGGAUCGACCGGGGCUCUGCCUGGUUCAACCGGGGCUCUUCCGGCGUCAUCCGGGGACGACUGGGGAAGCACCGGCAUGAACCGUAGCUUCACCUGGGCUCUGUCUGGAUGAUCCAGAGCGCAUCCUGGGUGGUUAGUUGGGAACUACUGUAGUGCUGCCGGGGUAAGUGUGACCGCAACAAUAAUUUCACCCCGGAUCGUCCCAGAUCAUCACGGUAACUUACCGGGAUGGUCCUGGGCUCUGCCGGGAGUAAGUGAGACCGCAGCUUUAAGUUUCGCAAACUAAAAAGAAAAAAAAUAAUUAAGUUUCGAACCAACAACCUCAAAAUAAGAAAAAACAAACUUCGGAGUCCGAUAAUUACCGACAAAAGGUAAUUGAAUAUUCAAAUAUCCCAGAUCAAUAUUGCCAAACAAUACCAGCACAAUUUUUGUUUAUCAACAUAUUAGACACAAUUCACCAAAAUACAACGAUUUUAAAACACUGUCA